AUGAACGUAUGUGGUGAGGUCGUCUCUUUGCAGAGGCAGACAAAGAUGGCAAGCGUGCGUGACUUGCGUGCGCAAGGGUUUCCGUACAGAGCAUGCAAGCUGGCAGGCUAUACAUUGAAAGACUUCCGUGAAUCAGACGCAUUGAAUCUCCCCGCGUGCCAACAGGCUGGCAUCACUGCAGAUGAGCUCAUGGAUGCCGGCUAUAGUCGCGGUCCGCUUCUGCUUCAAACAUUUCAGUGCUCUUACAAAGAUCUUGUUUCGCAGCUCAAGUUCAACCCGAAGCAUUUCUGCAAGGCCAGAGUCCCGCUUCAGGAUUGCCGCGAUGCUGCAGGGGAAUCAGGGAGGGCCUUUCGGGAAGCUGGAUACACUGCUGCAGACUUUCGUGGAGCGGGCUUCUUGGCCGGCGACUGCAGAACAGCGGGCUUUGAUGGGUUGGAGGUUCUUGAGGCUGGUUACACUAAGUUGGAGUUUGAAGAUGCUGGAUACACCAAGAAGCAGUUCAACAAGGCCGUUCGGGCCUUUCUGGAAGCUGGAUACACUGCUGAAAUUCGCGGAGCGGGCUUUUUGGCCAGCGACUUCAAAACAGCGGGCCUUGAUGUGUUGGACUGCCUUAAGGCUGGUUACACUAAGUUGGAGUGUGAAGAUGCUGGUUACAAGCAGUCGCAGUUCAACGUUCGGGCCUUUCGGGAAGCUGGACACACUGCUGCAGACUUUCGUGGAGCGGGCUUGUUGGCCGCCGACUGCAGAACAGCGGGCUUUGAUGGGUUGGAGGUUCUUGAGGCUGGUUACACACGGAAGCAGUGCAAGAAAGCCGGAUACGACGAUAAAGAUCUCCGCGACCCAGAUUCAGACGCGGAAACUGGACCAGAUUCAGACGCGGAAACUGGAAUGUGUUCUCUGAUUCGGAUGCGAAUGUGA